CACUCUGAAAUCAGGAUGAACUUCUGCACUUCUCUUAUCGUAUUUGUGGCAGUUCUGAGUAUUGCCGAGGGAAUGAGUUUGAGGGGCGUAGGAGCUGACCCUCGCUGUCGCUGCAUUGAGACUGAGAGCAGGUUUAUGGGCAAACUCAUUAAGAAAGUGGAGCUGUUCCCUCCAAACCCACACUGUAAAGACACAGAGAUCAUUGCCACUCUGAAACACAGCGAUGACAAGGUUUGUCUGGACACCAAUGCCCCCUGGGUGAAGAAGGUCAUUGCUAAGAUCCUUGCCAAGUAA